AUGAAGUGGCUGACCGGCAGUAGGGUCAAUGGAGGAGGAGGAGUUGUGGGGCCCAGGGACAGGGAUGGAAUCAAGUGGCUGACUGGCAUAACCAUACUGCCGGCAGUAACCAUACUGCUGGUCAGCUCAGUGGAAGAGGAGCAAUUGUGGGGCCCAGGGGACAGGGUCAAAACGAAAUGCCGGGCUGUGGUUGAGAGUAAGCUCGUGACCAGACUGAAGCUGGGGAAGCUAAAGGUGGUGCGGCGGCAGCUGCUGCAACGGUAUGAACACCAGCCGUUUGUCUCCUGCCUGGCCGGCCUCUACGGUUGCCAAUGGAGACGAUACCAAAGAGCCCGGGCACAGCCAGGAGAGUGCUGCUGCAGCCAGGUGGAGUGUGGCAGUUUUGGCCUCCUGAUUGUCACCUUUUUCCUGAGUUUUUUAUUCCUCUAUUUCUGGAGUGAAGCUCAGAACGACUACAUCGACUUUGACUGGUUUAACUUUGGGACUCUGGGUUUCUGGUUUCCCUGGUCUCGGGUCCUGCUGGUUGUUGCUGCUGCUCUCUUCACAUACAUCGCCUUACUAUUGGUGCUGGCAGUGUGUCUGCUCUCUGAGGGUCAGAGGCUCUACCUUCACUGGAGCCACAAGACUGGCAUCAUGGUGGCAUUGGCGUUCUCCGUCACAGCCACCGCCAUCUUGUCCGACAUUUGGAGCAAAGAAUGGAAGACUCUCCUUCUUUCCCUGCAGGUGACAGCACCUUUCCUCCAUGUGGCUGCAGUCUUACUAAUGGUGAUUCUGUCCUGGCCAAUAGCGUUGCAUUUCUUUCGCAUGAACAAGAAAGUGCGUCAGGUGGCUGUCCUAGGUCUCUACCUGUCCGUGCUGUUCUCUCUCUACUUGGUCCCUCUGGGAAUGUACUCACCUUGCAUUAAAGAGGCGGGAACGCUGGGACCUGCCCCGACGCUCAUCGGACACAGAGGAGCUCCAAUGCUUGCUCCAGAGAAUACCGUGAUGUCGUUUGAGAAGGCAGUGGAAGCUGGAGGAGAAGGACUGGAGACUGACGUUACCAUCAGUUAUGAUGGUGUUCCCUUCCUGAUGCACGACUCCACUCUGAAGAGAACCACCAAUGUCGCUGAUGUUUUCCCAAAUCGAACGCACCUCGAUGCCUCAAUGUUCAGCUGGGCCGAGCUACAGCAGCUGAAUGCUGGCGACUGGUUCUUAUUGAGGGAUCCAUUUGGGACUGUGUCGUCCUUGUCUGAGGCCGACUGGUCCCAGGCCCAGAACCAGUCUGUUCCCUCGCUGGCCCAGUUUCUGGAGGUAGCGGCUUCUAGCGGCAGACUAGUGCUGUUUGACCUGCACAAGCCACCGUACGGACAUCCCUACAGUCAGUCAUACAUCAACAACACCCUGCAGGUGGUGCACGCCCACAUCAACUCCUCACAGGUGCUGUGGCUUCCAUCUGAGGACAGGGAUCUGGUCCACGCGGUGGACCCAGAGCUGCAGCAGACCUCUGGAGAAAAGGCAUCUAUCCAGGAACUGACAGACGGCCACAUCAUCAGGCUGAACCUGCACUACAGCACCAUGUCACAACAACAGUUCAGUAAGUACCAGUCAGUGAACAUCAGCACUAACCUGUAUGUGAUCAGCCAGCAGUGGCUCUACACUCUGGCCUGGUGUGCCGGAGCUCAGUCCGUAACCACCAACUCCAUCCACAUCCUGUCUAGCAUCAACAAGCCGCUCUUCCUCAUGACUCCAGAGGAAUAUAGUUUGAUGUGGAUUCUGACCGAUGCUGUGUCGGCCUUCCUCAUCAUUGCUGUUUUCAUAUUCCAUUGGUGGAGAGAGAGAGGCCUGCCCUUCUGGUCAGGCAGCCGUCAGACCCAUGAGAACGGACCGUACAGCAAGUUCAGGACAGACUCUUCAGAGGUCAUCUGUGUUCGCUGGAGCCCCCUCCACCCUGACCCCCCCGCUGGAGCCCUCAUCUCCCUCCCCUUGGUCUUCAACCCAUGACACCCUGCAUGUCAGCCCUGCAUGUCAGCCCUCCGGGAACCUUGUAUGAUACCCUGAACCCCCCCGCUCGAACUGUACAAGCUUCUGUGUUUCCUGUAGAAAAGUAGCACGAACGCUCGAUGACACCCGUUGGGAGAGAUCUGUGUGUGACUGGGGUUUAAGCUUUAC